AUGGGUAAAAGGAAACACGGAGAAAAGGAUUCACAUCAAAAAAAGGCUGAAAAUACGGUUGAAAAAGAAAAAUUGGAAACGUCCGAAAGAAUAACGGCUGCUGAUUUUGAGGGAAAAGAUUUUUUGAAGGAUUCGGAAUGUAUGGACAAAUUCACCGGAGGUUGUGAAGUGUCAAAUCGAAAUGUGAUUUGUGCCGAAGAUGCGAUGCACAUUUUAUUGGUAGGAAAAUUUGAGCACUUGGUUUUUGCCACGUGGCCAGAUUCAAAUGUUUUGCACCAAAAAAUGCCACGUGGAUUUACGCCGAAAUAUUUCUCUAAUUAUCCUAUUUUUCGUCAAAAGUCAGUUUUCGCUCAAAAAAAUGCCCAAUUUUCCAGCGAAAAUGCGGUUCUUCCACGUCUUCAAUUUUCGAAGAUUUCCAGCAAAAUAUGCUGGGAAAACUGCGCGAAGCUAGAAAUUCUCAAAAAACGUGGGCAAAAAUUGAGGAAAAUGCCGAAAAUGUGCACAGGAAAUGUAAUUGUGGAAAAAAUCAAGGGGAAGAUCUGGAGGAGGAUGAUUCGAGUUCAGGAUCAGAUUCGGAUGAAAGUUCGGAUUCGAAUUCCGAUUCAAGUUCGAGUUCAGAAGAUGAAGAAGAUCAGGAUGAAGAAGAUUUGAUGAAUAUGCCAAUGAGAAAGAAUUUGCAAUAUUAUACUUCGCUUGAGGUACUUUAAAAUUAGGGAUUUUAAAUUUCAUAAAUUUGAACUUCGAAUUUUAAAAAUUAUGUCUUUUGGACCAUUUACUACCUGAGAAAAUUAAAUGAGUUUUAAAAAUCAGAAUUAGUUUUGCCUCGUGGAUUUCUCAUUUUUAGGAUUUUUUUCUCUAAAAUUUUGAAUUUUUGACAUAUUUCCGUUUCAAAAAUUUCCAAUUUGGGGAAAAAAAUCUGAAAAUCAAAAAUUUCUAGACUUAGAAUUCCAAAACGUUUUUUAUUUUUCACUCCAACUCCAACGAAAAUUAUCAAAAAUCUUUGAAAUCCCUCAUUCAAAAUGAUUUCAGAUUCAUCGAAAACGCAGUCAUCCAAAUGUCAUCAACCCCGACAUUGCCUACAAUGAAAAAGGAAUGGGAAAUGAUGGACCGAUUUGUCGAUGCUCAUUUGCACAGAGAAAUAACGGAAUCAGGCAUGGAAAAUAUGCGGGGGAGGUGGAAGAUGAGAGCUCACAAGAGCCUCAGAGCUCCCAACUCUACCAGUAUUUCCUGCGAGUCACCCCAAAUCCCGCCGAACAUCAAAUCAGUCGAACUCACAUCUACAUAGCUUCCGAUGAUUUUGUUUUCGAAGGAUUCUCGAUAUUUUCACCGUAUCCAUUGCCUGACAGAAUGCCUCGUCAACCAACCACAGCUUGGUCGAAAGAAUAUGAAUUUGAAUUUGUGCGGGAAAAUGUUCCAGAAUCUUGUUAUGAGUUGGAAGAAUGCGAUGCACUUUUUGAGACGAUAUUUCAUCAGAUUUUUGAGAUGCAAGAUUUUCAGUGUCCUGCGAAUGUGUUGCGAUUUAUGCCAAGAUUUGUUUGUUAUAGUGAGUAAGGGUGGAUUUUACUUUUUAAAUUCCUCAUUUUUCAGAAUCCCAUCGUGAUCUCAAACUUCUACCCACUAAAGGUGUCAUGGCCUACUUCUUGUCGAAAUUUCAAAAUCCGCUAAUCGAUAAUUCGGAAAUCGAUCGAUUGCUCAGAUUAAACGAGGACGAAUUUGCGAGAAUCACAAAUCGAUUCAAGCAAAACCUAAUGAUAAACACGGCAAAAAAGCCAGCGGCAAUAAGAGUUGACGCAUUUGAAAGAGAUCAAAUUGGCGGCAAAAUAUAUAUGAUUCAUAAUACUGUACGACCACAAGCAUAUGUGAAUUUGAAUGCGCCGAGAAUUGGGCAUUUGGAAAAGAUAAUGGGGAAAAUGAGAUAUUUGGCAAGAACAACAAAAAGGGUUAUGGAUGCGGAUGAAAUGCGGAAAAUGCAAAAAGAAGUGGAAAGAUUACGAGAGGAGCAAAAGUGCGCAAGAGUUUUGCGAAUACGCAUUCCACUUGCGGACUAUCAACCCUGUGGAAUGUUUCCUGAUACGGUAGCCCAUGUUUUGAUGACAAUUUUGGCGACGCAUCAUGCCAGAUAUCAUUUAUCAUUGAAUGUUAGUAGUUUUUCAAAUAAAAGACUAUUUCGGAGACACAAAAGCCUCGAAAAUAAUUAACCAAAAUUCACCCCGAAAAAUACGUUUCAUCAUUUUCUGAAUUUGAAUUGUUGAGAUUUGAGGUUUAAUACUGGAACGAUUUUUACUUGAAAACAUCAAAGAUUUAUGAAAAAUUUCAAAUGUUCACCUAUAAAAUGUUUCAGACCCUUGAAUCAAUUCUGGAAUAUCGUUUCAAUAAUCGGCAAGUAAUCGAAAUGGCCAUGACACAUUGCUCAUUGAAUGCGAAUUAUGGAACAAAUACAGAUCAUGCUCGAAAUAUGAUUGCAAAUUGUGGAUAUCGUCGAAAAUAUGUGCAUGAACAAAUAAAGGAAAAACGAAAAGGAAUUCAUAAUCUGAUGACAAUUAUGGCUUUGAAUAAAGAAAUGGCUAUGGCUGCCAAUUUGGCACCAAUUUUGCAUAAUGAGAGAUUGGAAUAUUUGGGUGACGCGGUGGUGGAAAUGGUGAGAUGAGCUGAAAAUCGAGAUUUUUAACCCUAUAAUUUGAAUAAUCUGGAAUUCUGAAACUUUCAUCAGAAAGUUUUCUCGUUUAUUUCUACAACCUAUUUUUUGAAUCUCAAGUUUUGCCACGUCAUUCCUUUUCUAUUCGAAAAUUCACCUUCAAAAAGUAACUCCGAAAAAAUAGGUUUAAAACAAUUUUCUAAUUUUGAACAGGUUUUCGAAAUUUAUUCAGAAAACUUUUUUUAGCCAGAAAAAUAUCUUCCCAGAUUUUUUAUCCAGAAAACUAUUCUACCACAUUAUCGAUACUAGAAAAAUGUAGAAACUGAAAUCUUUUUUUAAAAUUUCUUUCAUUCUUGCAGAUAGUCACUCAACAUCUCUAUUUUAUGCUUCCUCAUCAUAAUGAAGGUGGCCUAGCCACUUACCGUACUUCAAUGGUUCAAAAUCGAAAUUUGGCAACACUGGCCAAAAAUCUGCAUCUACAAGACUAUAUUCAAUUUGCACACGGUGUUGAAUUAUGUCAUGAAGCGGAAUUCCGUCACGCGCUCGCAAAUUCAUUCGAAGCUUUGAUGGCCGCCAUAUUUUUAGAUGGUGGAUUUGAGAAAUGUGAUCGGAUUUUUUCUAAAGCAAUGUUCGAACAGGAACCAGAGAUGCGGGCGAUUUGGGAACAUUUAAAUGAACAUGAAUUGAAGAGGGAAAAUCCGAUGGGAGAUCGAGAAUUAGUUGGUGAGUAGAGCGGGCGAAUUGGGAAGGAUCGAUGCUCCAGAUGUUUCAAUCUCUAUGUGUUGUUUCUUUAAAAAUUCCAGAAAUCUGAAUGUUUCAGUUGGGAAUUAAUGAACUUGGAAUUAUUAAAUUUUUCAUCUGAAUUUCAUUAUUUUCGAAAAGAUUUUUACAUUAAAAAUGUUCCCUAAAGUUUCAAGAAAUAUAGAUCGAACGUGGAUAUUUUUUACUCCACACAUUCAAUUAGUUUUACCUAAUCUAUAAAAUAGAAAUUUUCUAAUCUAACUAUAAAAAUCCACGUGGCUCAAAAUGUGAUAAUUCCAAAAUUUUCCAAUAAAUAUUUUCUCCAAAUUCUCUCCAAUUUUCAGACCAAAUUGCUUCACUUGAACAAUUCAAACAAUUGGAAGAUCGUCUUGGAAUCGAAUUCAACAACAUUCGAAUUUUAGCCAAAGCCUUCACUCGUCGAAAUUAUCCAUACAAUGAAUUGACACGUGGACAUAAUCAACGACUCGAAUGGUUGGGAGAUACAGUACUCCAGUUGAUUGUAUCCGAUUAUUUAUAUCGAAAUUUUCCGUUUCAUCGAGAAGGACACAUGUCAUUGUUGAGAACAAGUUUGGUCAGCAAUCAGACACAAUCGAAAAUUUGCGAGGAUUUGGGAUUUGGUGAUUUUGUGUUGAAAAAUGUGAAUCGAGCUGGAAAUGAGUUGAGAAUGAAGGAUAAAGCGGAUUUGGUGGAAGGUAAGAUAUUGCUCAUGUUAGGAAAAUUAGGAGACUUUUGGAGAGAGAUUGCUCAUGUUAGAAAUUAAAUCCUGAAAUUGUGUCCAUUGAUUUUAAUCUUGAAAUUAUAAAAGAAAACUAUUUCGCGCUAAAUUUUGAUCUAUGGUAACCCAUGAAUUUUUUUGGGAUUGCUCAGGUUACAAUGAAAGUAACCGAUUUUUAACGCUUGAAAUGAUCUGGGGCUUGCUCAUAUAUAAAUAUUAUAGCCGAGUUUUUGGACUCCAAAAAAUUCCAUAUUUUUUCCAGCCUUUAUCGGUGCACUCUACGUGGAUCGUGGAAUGGAACAUUGUCGAACAUUCGUUCGAAUGUGUUUCCUGCCACGAUUAUCGGUAAGUUAAUGUUCUAUCGGAUUACGGUAUCCCCCUUUAAAUAACAUUUUUCCAGAGUUUCAUCGUCGGUGACAAAUGGAAUGACCCCAAAUCACAUCUCCAGCAACUUUGCCUAACUUGUCGCGAUCCGGCAAAUCCAAUCCCCGAAAUUCCGGACUAUCGCGUUUUGCGUCAAGAAGGACCAGCAAGCACGCGAAUCUAUCAAGUCGCCGUGUAUUUCCGCGACAAACGAUUGGCAUCCGCUGAAGCGGGAAGUGUACAUUUGGCAGAGUUAGGAGCCGCCGAAGUCGCGUUGCGUCAUCCGGAUAUUGUUGCGUUGCGACGAUUUGAAACGCAACCACCGCCCAAGAAAAAUAAGAGGAGACGAAAUGGGAAAAUGAAUGUGGCCUAG